UUUUUGUUUGAGUGAAGAAAAACAAUGGAAGUGCUGUGUCUUGGAAAAAGAAAAGGUCAUGUCCGAAGAUCUAAGGGUUAAACUAUUAUAACCAUUAUACUCAAGGAAGGAAUCGUUAUUAGUAAAUCACAGGGAGUUGGCUUUUGCCUUGGUUUUGCCCCGAUCGCAAGAUCUCGUGAAAUGAAAAUCUGAACUACGACAAACUUUGGAUUUUGUUGCUAUAAUAAGUUUGUGUUCUUGGUCUUCGUUACGCGUUUGUGCGUUUAUCGGAUCACCAACUAGCCCGUCGUUAUCACUAGUAAUGCUAUAAUUUAAGGAUCGAGGGAUCAGAGCAGGAAUCAUCAAAAUGCCACUGCCGAAAACAAUGCCUAAAAGAAAACCUUCUAAAGAUGAUGGACGUGUGUAUGCAAACAGAUACAAAGUUGUGCGGCGACUAGGGAGCGGUAAUUUUGGCACAGUUUUUCUUGUUGAAGACAUGUCUGCAAACAGAGAAAGAAAAUGUCUAAAGGAGAUUUAUAUAGGUGAACUACACCCUGAUGAGGCAGUAGAUGCAAUGAAAGAAGCCAGACUGUUAUCAGAAUUAACUCAUCCAAAUGUUGUAAAGUUCAUGGACAGUUUUCCUGACAAGGAAAUGUUCUGCAUUGUAACUGAAUAUUGUGAGGGUGGUGACUUGGGUGAGAAGAUACAUGCAUGGAAGAAGGCUGGCAAGACCUUCAGUGAAUCAUUGAUUAUUGCUUGGUUUAUACAGAUUGUUUUGGCUGUGCAGUUUAUGCAUUCAAAGAGAGUUCUUCACAGAGACCUGAAAACAAGGAACAUCUUUCUGAAGAAUAACAUGAUUAAAUUAGGUGAUUUUGGAAUUUCAAGAAUUUUGAUGGGAACUUCAGACAUGGCCACAACGUUCACUGGUACACCUUAUUAUAUGAGCCCUGAAGUACUGAAACACGAAGCUUACAACCACAAGUCAGAUAUAUGGUCUUUAGGUGCAAUUUUAUAUGAAAUGUGUAAUUUAGAGCAUCCUUUUCAAGGACAGAAUCUAAUGGGUAUAAUGUAUAAAAUAAUCGAGGGAGAUCCUCCUAAACUGUCGACCCAGUACAGCUCAGAAUUACAGAAAUUAUACGAAAGGUUAUUAGCAAAGGAUCCGAGUAAACGUCCAAGUGGGUCAGAAAUUGUCAAGUUUGAUUUCAUUGCAAGUAAUAUGAAAAAAUUAAGUUUGCAGAUGCAGGAUAAACUAAGUGUAAAAGAUAGCUUUAAGGCCAAAGGAGGUCAACAUCCAAUAAGUGUUGAAAGACCAGUAACAAGAUCUGGCAGGAAUGGUGGACCUAAACUUUAUGAAGAGCCAGAGGAACGACCCAUGACUCCAUUGGACAAAAUGAAACUGAGAAAAAUGAAGAAAGCUGAUGAAGAGGCAGAGAGAAUAAAACAAUUCAUGGCAAAUCAAGGGAGUGAUGCUCAGGCACAAUAUAUGUCGCACAAGAAGAAACAGAAUCAGGUCUCCCUUCCUUGGGUGGAUGACCAUCCUGAAGUUUUUCAAGAUCCUCAUUUUACAUUCAACAAGCAAAACUCAGUUGAAAACAGGAGACCAGUUGGUUUCUCAUCAGAGAACGUACCUUUGCAAGGAAAUGGAAACAACAGAACAUGGGCAAACAGUGAAGAAGAUAAUCCUUAUGAUCUCACAGUGGUUUCAGAUAUUCCCGAGGAUGCCACGUUAGCAGAAACAUAUUACUCACAAUUUGAAGAUGAGUUUGAAGCCAGCGACAGUGACACCAGCGACAAUUGUGACAAUGAAGAGACUUUGAAGUACACCAGUGACGAUGAGGAAGAUGACUUCAGUGCUCUAGUAAAUCAAAUGGAAAAUGCUUUAGAAUAUAGUGCAACUGAGCUGGACUCAUCAUUAUCAGAUGAAAUAGUGGGGGGACAGGCAUUGUCAAUGACUAUGAGGGAACAGAGAAUGACAAAUUUGAGAAAAGAGUGUAUCAAACUUCUUGGUGAGGACGAGUUCCAGAAAGUAUACAUUUUUCUAAAAGAUGCAAGGUUUGGAGAAGAGUUUCAAAAUGAAGAGUCCAUCGUGGCUGGUCUGGGUAAAAUUGUAAAGAAUCCAAGAGACUGUUUCCUAGUGGAUCAAUUGCUAUUUAUGGAAAAACAAGCUGAAAUUGCAGUCAUGACACAACAACAAAGUUUGCACUGAGAGGAAUUGAAGAUGAAUUAUCAUAUCCCACCAUGUGUCAUUAAUGUCACAAAGCAGUUGUCUCUUUUGUAGAGAAAAAGGUUGAUUUGACAAGUGGUGCUGUAAUAAUUGAAGAGAGAAAAAAAAUUCAUCAGAAGAGUUUUAAACCACCUAGUUUUGUAGGCAGGAGGGAGAAAGAUUUUGAUGAACAUAGUAAAAAGAGAUUUAUAUGGAAGAAACAUGAAAAAAAAGACAAGAAAAAAUGAAAAAUCAUUUUCAAAUAUCCCAGUAUAAGAGCAAUGAUAUAUUUUGGGUUGUUUCAAACCCAAUGUUUUUGGCACAUUCAGUGCUUGUGUGUCUCAUAGUAGUGAUAUGGCGGGCUUUUCUAAAAGGGCCCCAAUGAAAAGUUUAAGUUAUUUCUAUGAAGAGUGAUGUGUAACGAGUGUAUUUCUAUGAAAAACUUUGAGAUUUUCAUAAAUAAUAGUUUGUAUUAGCAACCAAAUAAGACUCUAUCAAGGCAGCUAACUCUACCUUAGUAGAUGCUAUCCCAUCCUUUUAUAAAUACCAAUCGGGCUGAUCAGAAUUAUAGUCCAUUAUUAUCUAGAUAAAAAUCAUUGUCUAGCAUGUUGCAGGAAAUGGAAAAAAACUGUAAAUAACUAUUUUCAAGUCCUCAAUUUAUUAAAACCAUAGUCAAUGGUUAAGUUAAUAAAAUAAUAUAAACACA